AUGCUAUGUGAAUUAUUCACAUGUACCAACAAGGCUAUAAUAUUUUUAUUUAAUUUUGUUGGAACAAUUUUAUUGAACGCAGUUAUUUUUAUGUUUUAAGGAAACAAUAUGUCAGUAUGAAAUGUAUCAUUAUCAAUUAUGAACGUAACGGCAGUAAUCAAUUUUAUCUGAAAAGAAAAUAUAUAUAA